UGAAUAUUAGUGGACAAUGAUUGCACUUGGCAUAGAAGGUAGCGCUAACAAAAUUGGAGUUGGUAUUGUUAAAGAUGACGGAACCAUCCUUGCGAACCCACGAGAAACGUACAUCACUCCUCCAGGCACAGGUUUCAUGCCCAAAGAAACUGCUGAGCAUCACAGAAGCCAGGUGUUCAUGUUGAUUCGAAAAGCUCUCAAAGAAGCCAGCAUUAAGCUCGAAGAUAUUGAUGUGUUUUGCUACACGAAAGGACCCGGAAUGGCUCAGCCUCUAUCAGUUGGAGCUAUUGUGACUAGGACUCUAGCCCAACUUUACGACAAACCAAUUGUUGGAGUAAAUCACUGCAUUGGACACAUCGAAAUGGGCAGAGUGGUCACUGAUGCUAUGAACCCAACGAUCCUGUACGUCAGCGGAGGAAACACUCAGGUCAUUGCUUAUACCCAACAGAAGUACCAGAUAUUUGGAGAAACCCUUGACAUUGCAGUUGGAAACUGUCUGGACAGGUUUGCCAGAGUAAUCAAUUUAUCGAAUGAUCCGUCACCAGGAGCCAACAUCGAGAAAAUGGCUAGAGCUGGCAAGAACUACAUCGAGUUGCCCUACAUCGUCAAAGGCAUGGAUGUCAGUUUUUCUGGAAUCCUAUCCAACAUCCAAGAAAUGGUCCUGGGCAAAAAGCCAGGAAAGAAAGGAAAGAAAUCAAAGCCUGAGGAACAUAAAGAGUAUUCUAAAGAAGAUCUCUGUUACAGCCUCCAAGAAACAAUCUUCGCCAUGUUGGUUGAAAUCACUGAAAGAGCAAUGGCCCACUGCAACUCGGACAGUGUGCUGCUUGUCGGAGGUGUCGGCUGCAAUGUGAGGCUUCAGCAAAUGAUGGAAGUGAUGGCACAAGAACGAGGUGCCUCUGUCUGUGCAAUGGACGAUAGAUACUGAAUCGACAAUGGUGCAAUGAUUGCAUACGCAGGAAUUCUGGAGUACAAAGCUAAGAACAAAGGAACUCCAUUUGAAGAAUGCACAUUCACUCAAAGAUUUAGAACUGACGAAGUGCCAGUGCUUUGGAGAGAUGACUAAAAUAAAUAAAAUUGCAUCAAUAAUAUCUUGUC